CAGCGUCACUUCCUCUCCCGUCCAGGGAGGGCGCUGACUUUCUAAUCUAGAACCGGAAGCGGCUGGGGCUCACUUCCAGUCUCUAUGGUUUCUCGUCAGGCCGGCUUUCUUUUCCCGAGAGUCCUCCAGAUUACGGGGCGCUAGCGUGGGGAACUAUUAGAAAGCAGCUAGAGAGGCCGGCUUUGGGGUUGCCAAGGAGCGGCUGGCGGCUGGGCUUCCGUUUCCGCUAACUGAGGCACGAGGAUCCGGCGUUCCAACCCAGCGGGAAAAUGCGGCCGCUGACUGAAGAGGAGACCCGAGUAAUGUUUGAGAAGAUAGCAAAAUACAUCGGGGAGAAUCUUCAGCUGCUGGUCGACAGGCCCGACGGCACCUACUGUUUCAGGCUGCACAACGACCGGGUGUACUACGUGAGUGAGAAGAUUUUGAAGUUGGCCGCCAAUAUCUCCGGUGACAAGCUGGUGUCGUUGGGAACGUGCUUCGGAAAAUUCACCAAGACCCAUAAGUUUCGGUUGCACAUCACGGCUCUGGAUUACCUAGCACCCUAUGCCAAGUAUAAAGUGUGGAUAAAACCUGGAGCAGAGCAGUCCUUCCUGUAUGGGAACCAUGUGCUGAAAUCUGGACUUGGGCGAAUCACUGAAAACACUUCUCAGUACCAGGGAGUCGUGGUCUACUCCAUGGCAGAUGUCCCUCUGUUCCAGCAAAGGCCAGAUGACAUCACAGCAGUCUGGAGGCACAGUGGCUGCAGUGUCGCUAAGGUGAAGGUCGGAGACAGUGGGAUCAUUUCCCAGUGACACCGGCACCUCCACUGGAGUCCCACCACUGCCCCAGUCCCGACACUGCUCACCAGUAUGUGGUAAGCAGUGACAUUCACCAAGACAGCCAUCAGUUCGUGGUAAGUUGUCUAGUUCCAUAGAAACUAUAGGCAGAGGUUUUUCCGUACACAUUCCAUAACAUUAUAGUAAAAAAUAACACUGAAGUUACAUUUAAAAAGGGGAGGGGCUAGUGGAUCUAUGCAUUUCUCAAAUUGGAGAAACACUUACUGGAAUAUUUUGCUUCCUUAAGUAUAUCCCAGUGUCACUCUUUUACUUAAGAGUGUGCCAUCUAACAAUGUGAGUUGAAAAUAAAGAAGCUACUGGAUCCUAAAGCUUGGUCUGGAGGGAGACCACGACUAGCUACCACCACAUCAAGUGGAGAUCAAGUUCUCACCUUCUCACUAGUUUAAUUUGGGGUUAACUUAGAAAAACAGCAGUACCAAACCCCCGAACGUGUAGUUAAUAGGUAAUAAAGCUGUACAAAGUUUCCAAAUUUUAACUACAGGAUGAAUUUUUAAACUUUAACAUUUGUCAAAAGAAAUGGACAAAAAGGAAUUCUUUUGUCCUCAGAGGUAUGGUAUAUGAAGAAAUGAGGCAGAUUAAGAAGGAACUUCCACAUGUCUGUACGGCACAGCUUCUAAGGAUUAGAACAUUCAAUACAGUUUGACAUUAGUUUCUUAAUACAGACAGCAGGGUUUACCAAAGCUUGUUCAGCAUUUUGCUACUUCUGCUUUUUCAGCUGCAAUUAAUCAGCUACUUAAAUUUGAGAGAAGCAAGACUUUAAUGAAGAAUGCUACAAGUUAUGGACAAUAAUUAGUUCUCAUUUUAAAAAAAGAUUACAGAAAACACUUUACUGAAAUUCUUUUUUUGCUAAAAAGACAGUCUUUAAGGAUCUGAGAGACAGCAAG